AUGACCCAGGCUGGGGUCGCCGCUGCCGCCGCCACCGCGGCCGAGACCACGCAGCCAGCGGGGCUGCGCAGACUGUGUCUUCUUCCUGGGGACCCCUGCUUGCGGAACCUGGGGGCUGCGAGCACGGAAGGCGCGCGCACCCCUCUUCUGCCCGACCUCUCGGCGCCCCGCGCCCUCUGGUGCCAGGCCCGUGGGGGGCUCGCGCUGCGCCCCGGCCCCCAGAUGCGCGCGGGGCGAGAAGGGCUCCACGCUGCCCCGGGUGCUUAA